UUCGCUGUUCGCUGAUAUUACACGUACAACUUCAGUGACGACAGUGAUUUGCAAAUAUAUUGUGCCUUGCUUCUCUCUCCCUCUUCACUUCAUGACUUCGUGCUUUUUGAUAUAAACUGUUACAAUCUUACCAUGCCCACUUUAGAAAGUUCAUCGCGUUAGGAGGAUGAACAACGAUUUAUCCAUGGAUCCGGAUUGUUGGGAAAGCUUUAACGUGACAACUGAUUAUGUCCCUUACAUGACAUAUGGACCGGGACACAUCUUUUACAUCGCGGUGUUCCUCCCUCUACUUCUGGUGGUCGGAGUGCUCGACAACUUAGCCUUCAUCUAUGUCGUGCUCAAAAUCCCUCGGAUGCGAACUUGCACCAAUUGCUACCUACUCAAUUUGGCGAUCUCUGAUAUCAUUUUUCUUUUGAUGGCCAUUGGAGAGAAAGUUUGGCGUUUCGCUUUCUCACGAAUUCGGGAUGACGAUAACCCUAUGGGUCGGAGUGGUUGCAUCUGGGUAUUCCUACUGUCUGACACAGCUUACAUUGCUUCCUUGUUCUUCAUAACCCUGGUAUCUGUUGAACGGUUCUGCGCAGUAUGUCGUCCUCAAAAAAAAAGUGAAGCGAGCCAAUUUCACAAAACCGCAGUUGUAACUGCAGCUUCGUGGAUUAUAUCGGCAAUAGUGUCUGCUUCAUUAACACCGUCCAAUCUAAUCUUCAACAAAAUAUGUUUAUCAUGGCCUCCUGGGGACCAGUUUGUUGACUAUCCUGAAUCGUUCGCGCUGUGCCAUCCGCUACACGAAUGGAUAAAUUCCUAUGCGCAAGGUAUGCAGACAAUCCCUUUCUUUAUUUCUCUUGUUGUCAACGUAGUGCUUUAUAUCGAGAUCAUCCGAGGUUUGAACAGAUCAAUAGAAAGGUUGCGCGUACAUGGCGGAACCAAGGAUAACGAUACGAAAAUGCGAGAUCAGGUGGCGAGAAUGCUCGUGAUAAACGGUACAUUCUUCUUUUGUUGCUUAGCACCAUUCGAAAUUGUCUCCGCUUUAAACAUGAUAGCUUCAUUGUCAGGGGAUGACUUCAUCGGGGAUUCGACGACACAGGACGUACUUACGUAUACCGGGAGAUCUCUCUCCUAUAUCAACGCGGUUAUCAAUCCCAUAAUAUACACCUUAAUGAGCAAUCGUUACCGGGAUGCUUUUAAGCAAGCAUUCCACAUUAACACAUCAGGUUCUGCACGUAGGUUACCAUCGAACAAGUCGACCACUCAGGCCACCACACAGGAGUAUCUUAAAAUAAGCCAAGCCGACACUAGAAUGUAAAAGUGAUCAGAACCAUCUUUAAUUCUAACUCGCAGUUAAAGACAGAAGCCUUCGUAAAUUAAUACCAUGCUCCAUGAUGCCAAAACUCAAGUCAAAAGUCAAGUCAUGACACUUCAACCCUCUGCUGAAUUCUCGUAACUUACAUCUCCCAGUCGAAUCGUUUAUUCUGUACCUUCGCUGUGCACAAUGAUUCAUGUAAAGCCCGAAACGGUAUUGAUAUUUUUUCAAGCUCCAUUUUACCUGUAACUCCAAGCUAUUCAGAACAAGAUUUGCAACAUUUCUUUUUCUAUUCCUGACGCUGACAUUUGCUGAACGGAAUGCAGCCAAAAGCUAAAUCGAUACAGCGGUGAAUACUCGUGAGGUCAACAGCUGGGGUUGAUUAUCCAAAGGCAGUGGCUAGCAUCGUCUUUCUCCAAUCGAGGAUCAAGAUUUUCUUCGAGCAUGCUUUUGGAAAAUCUGCAAAUGAAUACUUUGCCCUGUAACUGUAAGAAGAUGAAGCUUCUUGUCCGUCAGCAAAAGAUAGUGAACCGCAAUGGAUCAGAUUUCCGCAGAUUUAGAUGGGAACAGGAACGAGAUGGUGGUCGUUUUUUUUAAGCAGCUCAAAUAUUAAUCAAUGUCUUAGAGCACACGUUAUCAAAGCUACUACAACAACUACCCUUUUCAACAACGAAGUAAUAUAUGGAUAAGAGUAGGAAAAAGGAGGAAGCUGUGGAAGCAGAAACCGUCGCUUAAGAUGUGCGUUGACAAAGUCCGUGGAAGAAAAUGAUUGAAUCAUCAGAGUGGAAUAUGCUGCAGGGAGGGCCAUGCUAUAUCCAUGCAUUUCUAUUUCACCCAUUAAACGUUGACAGAGACAACGAUAUCAAAAGGAAGGGAUUUAAAUAUUUCAAAGGCAGCGAAUUUCGAUUCAGACAAUGAUUGACCUUAUGCAAAAUGUUUCCGCCUCGGAGAACAUUUAUCCCUUCCUGUUGGUUAAACAAAGAUCAUAUCUCGUGAUAACUCGCAAUGGAGGAGGCUGAUUUUUUUCAAAGGCAAUGUAAAGACCUUUUAGGUGUGGACAAGGGAACCCUAACUUGUUUGGAGCAUCUUUCGGUAAAUUGUUCGAGGCAGUUUGUCUUGAUGGAGAAAAAAAUAUCAUUCACUUGUAUAAUUAUACAGAGGACAAUUUUGGUUAGCUAAGGUAUAUGUGAUGACAAUUUGCUGUAUGAUAAACUUAUACAAAUUCAAAUUGAGUACAAUACCCCUGCUCAAUAUGAUCAUUUUGACUGAUAUUUCGUAAAGUUAUGGUUGAAUAAUUCAUUUAACCGUUAAACCCUGAAUCCCCCUUUAAGAAAAACCGUUAUUUUAAAUUAUCAAAAAAGACAAUGUGAUGGUAAUUCUAGCAGUGAACCUUUAAUCGUUGUGCAUCAGCUUAAUUUUAUAACUUAUAAAUUGCAGUGUUUUGGGUGAAAUGCUGCAGUGUUUAUUUUCCAUGAAUAAUAGUAUUCCAUAUUGAUCUAUUAGGAAUGAGUAAUUAAUUGAAUCAACAUUGCUCCUGUAGAUCUCUGCAAAAAUCUUACAUACAAAGGAACAGAGGAAUUGAUCCUUUUCUUUUUUAAUACUAACAAAGGUAUUAUUCCGCUUUAUGUCAUACUGGGAUUGAUUUUGCUUAACCGUAAUCUUGAUUUCGCCACGCCUCAAGGAAAAAAAAAAUUCAUCCCUUAAGUUUGAAACCAAUACAUUGUGUUUUAAAGAGAGAAAUUCAAAUGGUGAACCUGUAAGCCAUGCAUACAUAUACCAUGCUUACAACUCAAAAAAAUGAUAUGUUCACAUGACGUGGAGUGAGUUGUGUCUUUUGAACGUGUGAACGCAUUGAUACGAUUGAGUGUGUUCUACAGCGGAUGUGUGUGCGUAUGUUGUGUGGGUGUGUAUGAAUUAUGAUGGUUAGUGAUGAGCAUGAUGGAGCAUGAUGAUGAGGAGUGUAUGAAUGAGUGUUGUAAUAGAGAGCUGGUAUCAAUCCAGCCCCUCCAGGGUGCCACUCGGCAUGGCAAUGCCUCCAGUGAUUGAAAUAUGAGAAAAAUGGCGCCAGGCUGUUAGGCUGUUAGAACGCAUAGAGCACUCGCAUUUCCCAGCAGGUAAGAAUGGCACACAAAGAUAUGGCGUCGACCAUAUUGAUUCAUUAUGGUGCCAUCAUAACGUCAGAGCAUGGGAGAGGGUGGGACACGCACCACCUCCUUCAUAGUCAUGCGUUUAUAUUAUGUCCCCAUGCAUAGAAACGUUAUGUGUUAGCUAGACUGCCGCAUCCAGCCUCCACCUGUAAAACAAUAAUAUUUUAAUUGUUGAAAGUGAUAUAUAUAUAUUACUAUAUAUAAAAUGGUUUGUGUGGCAUGAACGUGUUAGGUAUUUUUUACUUAACUUUGUGAUGUUGUUUUUGAAAUAUAUGUUAAAUACAAAUCCCGUGUAUGUAUAUUUGAAGCAAUUUCAUUAUUGGCAAUGUGAUGUAGACUCUGUUUUAAAUAUGUUUUAAAUAUUUUUUGAAUAUCAAUCUGCAACAAAUUGUGUAGAUCUUGAAUAAGACCAUAUCAAUAAAUGCAUGAAAGUCUUCGAUGUUUCACAUAUACUUGGAAUUAAAACUACGUUAUGUAUAUUUCUGUAAUCUAAUUCGAUCACUUUGAUAGAUUUGGCUCAUACAAGACAAAUGAACAGCCUCAUUCACAGGUUGAGUUUAUAUAUGCUGCCUAUCACAACAAUGUGCAAUUUUUUACAAAGUGGAUAAAAACAUUUGACUUAGAUUUUGAAUACAAUUAUCGUAAAUCUAUGCUAAUUGGUUAUCUGCUGAACCAUAAGUUACGAAAGAGAACAACAAUUGAACAAGAUUAGCAUCUUUAAGUGAUGCUUUUUCUCCUUGUUGUUCGAUCCUACAGCUCAGGUAGGGCUCUUUACUUAUAAGAUUCCUCGGUAUACUAAAGCAGAUUGGGAUGUCGACAAGAAAACCUUGAACUUGCAAAAAAAAACUCCUAUCCCUAAAAAAAAUUAUUAUCAUCCUAACAACGAAAUCAUUGGUUUCUAACAAUUGAUGAUGCCCAUUGUUAUUCAUACGACUUUUUUUUGUUAUAGGUCAGAGGCUAUUAUGCUUUUUAAAAAAAGGAUGUGUAUAUACAAAUAAACUAAAUGUUGUCUUUUUAGAGGUGGCAUAUAGAAAAUGUACACAUUUCUCUAAGCUGACAAUUAAGCGCCCACAAAGAUUACGUCUUGGCUAUUUAAGAUUACGGUUUCCAUAAAUGUUAUGAAUAUGGGUUGAAAAUGUAUGCCCAUUAAAAAAAGCAAACUGGUUGGAUUUCAGCAGUUUCUGUAUUUGAUCUGGUCCAUCGCUUUCCAUUAUUGAUGGGUUCGGAUUAGUUUAAAGCAACAGUAUUACUUUUGUAUUAUGCGACUGUCUACCCCAAGCACGAAAAGAAAAAAAGGGAUGAUCGCGAAUAGAGCUUCAAAAUUGCUUAUAUAUGCAGUGUAUAUAUACGUUAUGGAUGAACCAAAAUAGAUCGGGCAGAUCGAAAUGUUACCCUAUUGGCCAUAAUUGCAUAUGCGAUUUUAUGAGAUUUCCAUUGUUGUGAGAGAGAAAUCAAUAUUUGGUCUGACCUGAAUCCUGAAAUCUCUCCAGGCUAUUGACGUUGUAUUUUUGCGAUCUCGUUACAUCUCGUUAUGUCGGAGAUUUAAAAUGAUGAAUCCACAAAAUCAAAAAUAUUAGCCAGUACAAUUCUAAAAUUAUUUCUGAGUCAGCAAAUUUCCAAUAUGAAAUAUAACCUUCAAUUAGGAUUUACGAAGCUUCUACAAAAAUUGAAGAAAAUGUCAACUUGUAUGGAAUAGCCUACUGAGCUUUUUUAAUUAGCUACAAAAGAAAACUUUGUAUGGCCAAAUUAUUAAAAAAUAUCAUAUACAGAUAUAUAUUAAAUCUAAAUAUAAACUAUAUGUCAUAUUUCUAAAAGUCUUUUUAUAAUUUUUAAAGGAAUAAUUUGUAUAUGGUUUUAGUGAUUACCCUUUGAAAGCUCUAGAAGUAUUAUUUCUCUAACGGAAACUGAGCUAUUAAAAACUACGGCGGUGUUCGAAUAAUAUGUUUUAUGUAACAAAGCUGUAUGAUGGAUACAUGCACUGUUUCUGAUGAAAUGAUUUGUCAUGUGAAGUAUUGUCAAAAAUAAAAUGAUUGAGUGUAAAAA